GUCGGCGCGGUCGGUUGACUUCGCGAUUCGUCGGACGGCUUCGUAACCGCUCGGUGAUCGGCGCCCGCGCAUACAGCUUCGAGACACCGCCCAAGUCUGCAGUCGCGUUAGUGUUUUACAGAAACAUUUCCCAAACAGUUAACGUCACGGGAUGAAAACAAUUUCUGUGAGCGCGCAUUUCGAAUCGGACUAAGACUUUCAAUUGUAGUUAGUUUUUUUAACUGACAUAAUAAAAUAAAAACUUUUUUUCGCGUAAUAGUGAUUCGUGUUGGACAGUUCGAACGAAAACAUGUUGUGGGAGUCUGGUUUUCUUGAGGAAUCCGAUACGAUGCCACAAACAGUACCAAGAUCCGGGUGCAGCCCGCCCUCAGCGUCGCAGGGCGAGAGGGCAGUCCCUGCCUCCCCAGCCGACAUACAUCAUCUUCUUCGCCUCUUGGGCGCCGCAUCACCUCCAGAAUCGAUGCUGCACUCCCCUCCAAAUCCACAUACCAAACCUCCCCCACCUUAUCCUGAAGAUAACAACAGCGUCUUCUUAGAACGCUUAUAUGACUUUGAGGGAUAUCACACACCUUCUCCGUCAUCGGAUGACACAAUCCCAACAGUGGCUCUGCAGCCCGCCUCGCCCUAUAACUGCCUUCCAUAUAACUCUUCGCCAGUUUACAUAAAAGAGGAACCAAACAGACUGGCUGUUCCCGGAUUCGCAUCUCCCUAUCCCCUCUCGCCCUCAGGAUCUUGCGCAUCAUACGGCAGCCAAAAUCAUUACAAUCACUCACCCGUUCCACAACACGAAGAAUACAUUGACAUUGAAGAGCUUCUAAAAGAAAAUCAGAUUCUACAGGAAAGUGUUCAACACGCUUACAUUACGCCCAAAAUUGAGGUUGAAGAGCCGAGAGAUCAUAUUCUUUUGAGAUCGGCUCUAGAAGAUACAACCUUUCAGAAACGACUGAAUCUGAAGCCUAUUCCAUUAGAAUUGGGUGCUGUAAAAAUGGAAGAAAGCAGCGGAGGUGACGAAACAUUGGUUGCACCAGACAUAGACCGUGUAUUAUCAAUGGCUAUUGAACAGUCGAAGAGAGAUGUGGACAAUACCUGCACAGUAUUGGGAAUCUCACCAGAUCCGAUGCUCUGGAGUACAGCAGACGUAAAGGCGUGGGUGAUGUUCACAUUACAACACUUCAACCUACCGAUGGUUCCAGCGGAAUAUUUCGCGAUGGACGGAGCAGCUCUUGUUGCACUCACAGAAGAUGAUUUCAACCAAAGGGCACCACAAGCUGGUAGCACAUUAUAUGCCCAAUUGGAAAUAUGGAAGGCUGCUCGUCAUGAAGCUUGGAGAACGUCGCAGUGGUCAGAACAGCAGCAACAUCAGGAACAACCCACAACAGACAAGCAGACGCCAGCUGGCCUACCUUCGGUUGAUGACAUGAGCGAUGAUGAAGACUCCGAGUCAGCGGGUACCAGCACUGCAACAGCUGGCGGUAAAGCCAAGUCAGGGAGCACACAUAUACAUUUAUGGCAGUUCCUGAAAGAACUCCUCGCCUCGCCUCACAUCCAUGGAUCUGCAAUCCGGUGGUUAGAUAGAAGUAACGGUGUUUUCAAAAUUGAGGAUUCAGUGCGUGUAGCGAGGCUUUGGGGGAAGAGAAAGAACCGACCAGCGAUGAAUUACGACAAGCUGUCCAGGAGCAUCAGACAAUACUACAAGAAGGGCAUCAUGAAGAAAACAGAAAGGAGUCAGAGGCUCGUCUAUCAGUUUUGUCACCCGUACUCCUUAUAAAUACUCCAUCGCAAUAAUCUAGAUGUAAGUUAAUUGUAAAUAUUUAUAAAUUGUAUAUAUAAGGGCGUGUGCACCGCGGUAAUGCGGGCUCAACGACAACUGGUUUGGUUUUACGCGCAAACGCAAAACCGAACGCAGUUUUAUUGUUUGUUGGCGACCAAAUUUUCGUUUGUCCGGACUUUUCGGAUUGCGAAUUAAUAGGCGUUGUAAACUAUCCCUCCAUAUAAUUCGAGAAAGGUAAUUUUCUCUAGAAUUAUACUGGACGGGACUUUUCGCUGUAUGCGUUAGUUGUUAAGGUUUUUUUUACCAGCGACUAGAUGACUGCGGGCUCACCAUCCAAAUAUUUGAAUCGUAACGAUUUAAAUUUAAUAAAAACCGCAUUCGUCGAAAGCUGGUAAUGUUUAUCCCAUAUAUCUAUGAUAUAUUUCUAGUACGUUCUAUGAACUUUUAGAUAAUAAGUGUUGUAAAUAAAUGUAAAAUCUAUGUCGUAAAUUUAUAAAAUUAAAAAAAAAUCCGUAACGCAGUAGCGUUCGGGAAGCAAGUGUUGCUCUAGAUAGUGUUUACGAAUGUGUUAGAUAUUUACUCAAGUUUGUGAUGUAAAAAGAGAUUAAAUAAUACUGUAUACAAUUAAGUUCAUGUAGAUUUAUUGUGAAUCUAGUAAUGAAACAUUUUUUUAUAUUAAAAUUAUGGCGAGUAACGUCGAGUUGUAACGUAGUUUAGAUUAGUUUAAGGCGGAAAUGAUUGAAUGUCGAAAUUGAAAAUUUUGUGCCAAAUAGACGUGUUAUGGUAUUUAUUAGGGACAAAAUUUGUUAUUAUGUGAUUAUUUGGACCCGCCGAUGUAAAUAUUGGUAUGUUAAAAAAAUGUUGCAAUAAUGGUGGCGGGAUAGUGUUAGUGUUAAAUUAUAAUGCUUACAUAAGAAGCGCAGUUAGCGCAGUAAAGUUAUUAUUGUAUUGGACCAAACUAAUAUAGAAGAUAAUUAUUGUAAUGCCACAAUAAAAUUAACU